GGGAGCCCCAUUUCUUUGCAGCUGAGCUCACAUCGGUGCCUCCUUUCUCCCUUUUUUGGGGGUCUUUUCACAGCGAAAUCGGGACAAAACCAGAGGGCGAGGAAUCGGGAUGAAAUCCUCCUUCGUUUUCCUCCUCCUCAUGUCAGGAGUGGUGGUGAACAUCGAACCGACACCCGAAGCAGCCCUGCUUUAUCCCUACGGUCUGGACAAGGGUGACAGUAAGAACCCCAAACUCGAUGACGGGACAUCCAAGAGGGUGGUCCUCUCCGUGCCCUUCAGCUUCUACGGCAAAGAGUACGAAACCCUUUACGUGAACAACAACGGCGUGAUCUCCUUCGACACCCCGGUCAAACAAUACACCCCCGACCCGUUCCCCCUCGCCGAUGGGCGUCCCUUUGUGGCACCGUAUUGGGGCGACGUGGACAACGUGCUCGGUGGGGAGAUCUUCUACCGCCAGACCACCGACCCGGCGCUGCUCAAACUCAUCACCCAACACAUCAACCAGUAUUUCCCCAGUAUCCCCUUCACUGCCACGUGGGCUUUCGUGGCCACCUGGGACCACGUGGCCUAUUACGACUCCAGAAGCAAUAAGGGGAACACCUUCCAGGCCGCCCUCACCACCAACACCAAAACAUCCUUCGUCAUCCUCAACUACAAGGACAUCCAGUGGACCACAGGGGUAGCAAGCGGAGGCGACCCCAAAACUGGCCUUGGAGGCACCCCGGCCCACGCUGGCUUCAACAGUGGAGAUGAAACCAAUUACUACAACAUCCCCGGCUCCCGCACCGAUGCCAUCAUCAACAUCACCACAACCUCCAACGUCAACGUGCCGGGACGCUGGGUCUUCCAGGUGAAUGAGUUAGAGCUGAUUGGGGUCCCCACCGAGGUGCCCCACGCUGCUGCUGACAAGAGGUGCUGGCUAACCAUGGUUGGCAGCCCGGAAUGGAGAAAAUCCCGUGUAAUUCUGUGGGGUUGGACCGUCGUCUUAUGGGUUGCUCUUCAUUUCCCCAACAUCGCCGUGUCGGCCCCACACCACCUGGGCAAAGAAUUUGUGGUGUCCUUCAUGCAGAACGGCUUGCAGCAGACCCUCAACAGCGACUUCAAGCUGCUCAUCAGAGGUUAUUCUCCCUUCACAUCCAUCACUAUUUCCAUGAAGAAGCCGGGCUUGAGGAUGACGGUGCAAGUGACCACGGGGCAAACCGUCCUCGUGAAGAUCCCACCCCAAGCGGAGAUGGUGGGGAGCAAAACCUUUGAGAACGCCGUGGUGGUGAAGGCCAACAACCCCAUCUCCUUGGUGGCCAUCAAUGAGAAACCCACCUCAGUGGAUUCCACCGUGGUGUACCCCCUGCACAGCUGGGGCACCGAAUACCAAAUCGUGACACCCAACGUGGGCACCGAUCGCUAUGGUGAAUUCACGGUGGUCGCGUGGGAUGAGCCCACCACUGUUGAGGUGCACCUCAAAGCCACGGUGACGUACCAAGGCCAAUCCUACCCUCGUGGCUCCGUGCUCCCCAUUCAACUGAAGCCUUUCCAAGCAGCUCAGCUCCAAAGCCCAGCAGAUAUGUCUGGCACCCGCGUCGUGGCACAGAAACCCGUGGCCGUCUUCACCGGCCACACGUGUUUGGCAAGACUCACCCAAUGUGACCAUUUGGUAGAGCAGCUCCAACCCGUUUCCAGCUGGGGCAACACCUUCAUCGUGCCUCCGUUGCCUUUUGACACUCAAUCCGACAUCGUUUACGUCUCCACAUCCCAAAGCACGCACGUGGAAUCUCAACAUGGGAUGAGCAGAUCUGCUCGGAACCUCCGGGCUGGUCGCUCAACGCUCUACGGGCUCCAGGCCCCAAAUACUUUGUACCUCUCUGCCAACGCUGGCAUCCAGGUCAUUGCUUUUGGUGACGGAGGUAACAAAGACUCCAUCACUUACGAUCCAUUCUUUAUGACCAUCCCAGAUGUCUCCAGCUAUUGCCUCUCCCAUAAUGUCUUCGCUCUGGAGGGUUACGAGAAUUACGUCCUACUGAUCGUCAAGACCUCAGAGGUGGCUGGGAUAAUGCUCAACAAAAUGCCCUUAGGAAAUACCAUGUGGGUGCCCAUCCCAGGCACAGAAUACUCAUGGGCAAGGCAAAGCUUGGGCAGUCAGUUUGCUGUCCACACAGUGGAGCACAAGACGUCCCCUUUCGGGGCUCUCAGCAUGGGGAUUCGGGAGCAGAAAUCCUACGGGCUGUUGGCAGUGUGUGAUAGUGAUCCGUGCCGGACCACGCAAUGCCGUGCAAAGGAAAGCUGCAAAAUGGAGAAGGGGGAAGCGGUGUGCGUCCAUGACUACAUGGGAACCUGCAUGGGGUCACGGUCCCUGCAGUACCACACCUUCGAUGGGAUGGAUGUGGAGAUCCAGGGUGGUUGCACCUACACCAUUGCCAAAUACUGUGGUGCUGAUCCCACCCUCGUUCCUUUCGUUGUGGAGGAGAAGAAGAGUGAAGGAGAUCUCAAGGAGUGGUUGACCAACAUCUUCGUGCAUGGAUACAACAUCUCCAUCCAGAUGGGAGAGGGUGGCAGAAUCCAGGUCAACAACCAACCCACCGCCCUACCGGCCAACCUGCAGAAUGGAAAAAUCCAAAUCUCCCAAAACGAAGGCCGGAUCGUCCUACAGACGGAUUUUGGGCUGCAGGUGACCUACGAUGAGGACUGGGCCGUCAUGGUGGCGGUGCCCAGCAGUUAUUUUGGGGCCACUUGUGGGCUCUGUGGGAACUUCAAUGAGGACGGGGAGGAUGAGAUGAAGCGUCCCGAUGGCACCGCGGCCGCCGACGCGACGGAUUGGGCUGAGAGCUGGAGAGAUCCCUCGUGCCAGGAGGACUGGAGAGAGGAAGAAACACUGCAGGACACGGUGCAGGACGCAGUGGGACGCGGGAGCCAAACGGAUGGCAAACAGUCCUGCGAACCCCACGAGAAAUGCACUGCGGACAGAAGUGCCCCACGCCGUCCAGCGACCAAAACCUCCACCUGCAUCGGGACGGGCGACCCUCACUACACCACCUUCGAUGGGCGGAAGUAUGACUUCCAAGGGACGUGCAUCUACCAGUUUGCUGCCCUUUGCUCAUCCGACCCCACGCUCGUCCCCUUCAAUGUCACUGUGGAGAACAACAACCGGGGCAGCAAAGCAGUGUCCUUCACCAAAACCGUCACCAUGGAGGUGUAUGGAGAUGUCAUCAGCAUGAGCCAGGAGCACCCGCAGAAAGUGAAGCUCAACGGGGCCUUCGUGGAGCUCCCGUUCACCCGCAAGGACCAUUUUGAGCUCUACCACAGCGGCGUCCAUGGUUUCAUCCGCACCUCCUUUGGUUUACGGGUCAGCUUUGAUUGGUACAGCUACGCCCGCGUCAUCGUCCCCGACACCUACGCUGGUGCCAUCUGUGGCCUUUGUGGCAAUGCCAACGGGGACCCCAACGACGACUUCAUCUCCCACGAUGGGAAGCAAAUUGAAGAUGAAAUCUUCUUUGCCGACAGCUGGAAGGUCAAGGAUGUCCCCGGUUGCUCAGCGCGUUGCGUUGGGGAUUGCCCAACGUGUGGUGAAGAGCAGAAGAGACCCUAUCGUGGCAACGCAUACUGUGGGGUGAUUGGGGCGAGUGGGGGACCCUUCCAGGAUUGUCACCGUGUGGUUGACCCAGGGCCGUUCCUGGAGGACUGUGCUUUUGAUGCAUGUCAGUACAAAGGACGGAGGGACGUCAUCUGCAAAGCGAUUGCUGCGUACAUGACUGAGUGCCAAAGCAAUGGGGCGGCUGUGGGGCAGUGGAGGACGCCGUCGUUCUGUGCCCCCGUCUGCCCACCCCACGCUCACUAUGAGCUCUGCGGUGCCGCCUGCCCUCCCAGCUGCCGGCCCCACGCUCUCCCCGAGGGCUGCACAUCAGCCCCGUGCACCGAGGGCUGCUUCUGCGACGUCGGCUUCAUCCUGAGCGGAUCUGAAUGCGUCCCGGCCUCCGACUGUGGCUGCGAACACCGCGGCCUCUACUACAAGAAGGGAGCAGAGUUCUACCCCUCGUGCCAGGAGUUCUGUGUUUGCAAAGCCAGCGGGGUGACGGAGUGCAGGCCAGCGUCCUGCGGAGCCCACGAGGAGUGCAGGGUGCAGGACGGGGUGUUGGGGUGUCACCCCGCCGGCUAUGGGCGCUUGGUGGUUUCGGGGGACCCCCACUACGUGACGUUCGACGGUAGAGCCUUCGACCUGCGGGGUUCCUGCAGCUACGUGCUGGCCAAAGUCUGCAAACCUGAGCGCGGGUUGGCCAACUUCACGGUGCUGCUGGAGCACGACGGUGGGGGACGGGGCGACGUGGCGCUGGUGAAGAAGGUGAUAGUGAGCAUCUAUGGGUACACGGUCAGCAUGGAGCAAGGACGGCGCUGGGAGGUGAUGGUGGACGGCGAGCGCUUCACGUUGCCGCUGGUGUUGGAGGACCAAAAGCUCCAUAUUGGGCAAGAGGGGACCAACCUCGUCCUGCAUACAACCUCCGGCCUCCGUCUGCUCUACAACGCAGCCACGUAUCUGCUGGUCACCAUCCCCAGCGCCUACCGGGGCCGCGUGUGUGGUUUGGGGGGCAACUUUAACGGGGAUCCUGGUGAUGAUUUCAUCCUCCCCAAUGGAUCCCCGGCAAAGAGCACGGAGGAAUUUGUCACCUCUUGGAAAACACCUCCAGCUGAUGGUGGCUGCACCGAAGGCUGCGGUGGGAAGCCGUGUCCCACGUGCGAUGCUGCUGCUGUUGCUCCGUACGGCAGCGGGGAUAAAUGUGGCAUCAUCCACGACCCAACGGGGCCGUUCGGGUCGUGCCACCAUCGGGUGAACCCGGUGCAGUAUUUCCAGCAUUGCCUCCAUGACGUCUGUGCAGCCAAUGGGGCACGGGAUGCUCUGUGCCACAGCCUGCAGGCCUACGCUGCUGCCUGCCAAGCUGCCGGUGCUGAGAUUGGAGGAUGGAGGACGGCGGCGUUUUGCCCCCUCUCCUGCCCACCCCACAGCCACUACGAGCUCUGCACCCGCACCUGUGACUUCACCUGUGCCAGCCUCUCCGUGCCGACCCCGUGCAGCUGGCAGUGCUUCGAGGGGUGUCAAUGUGACGAUGGGUUCCUCUUUGAUGGCAGCUCCUGUGUGUCCCUGGAGCAGUGCGGCUGCGUCCACCAGGGGAGGUAUCUCAAGGCGGGUCAGACCAUCACCUCCAACAACUGCACCAUGAAAUGCCACUGCCACCCAUCGCAGGGACUCACCUGCGAGGCCACCCGCUGCCCCCCGGAUGAGGUGUGCAUCGCUCAGGGGGGGACGCAGCGGUGCCUCAAGCAGGAGGGUCGGUGUCGGAUCUCCCCCGGUGCCUCCGUGACCACCUUCGAUGGGGUGGGAGGGAGGCUGCCCGACAGUGGCACCUACAAAGUGGCCGCCCUCUGCGACGAGCGCUCGCCCCACUGGUUCAAGGUGGUGGUGGAGGUCAGCGAGUGUCGGGACGACGGGAUUCCGGCUGCUGUGGCCGUCUUUGUCUUCUUCCGUGAAGCUUUCAUCACCGUCAAUAACAACAUGGAGGUUUGGGUGAACGGCCUCUUCACCCGCCUCCCGGCUCCGGUGUCCGAAGCCAUUUCCCUGAAUGCGAUGGAGGGGAACGUCACCAUCUCCCACACCUCAGGCUUGGAGGUGCUCUUCAGUCCCAGCGGGGAGGUGACGUUGACCGUGAGGGCCACUCUGGCCAACCGUCUCUGUGCCCCCUGUGGCAACUUCAAUGGGGACGCCCAGGAUGACCUGAGGUUGCCCAAUGGCCGUGUCGCUGAGAGCAUCGCGGAGGUCGUCGAUGCCUGGAAAGCCAAGGAUUUUGCAGGAUGCGCAUCUCCUCUCUUCCAGCCGCGUCCCCAACCCCGUAAGGAUGGAAGUGGAAGCCCCAGUUUACCCCGCUCCGUAACGACGCCACGAUGGGGACGGAUGCAAGAGGACCCCAUGCACUUCUCCUAAAUAACUAUGCAGAACAAUCAGCAUUCACUAUUUUUUUUGCCUAUGGAGGUAACCAGGCUGAGUUUCCUUGUGCUCCAACGGGGCCCCGUUAUGGCGGGAGGUCACGUGACGGCCAAAACUUCAGAAUUUCAGAAUUCCGGUGGUCACGUGACCUCUGAAAUGUUAAAGUUUGGCAUUUAAGCGGAUAAACGCUUCGAUCCGACCUCAAAUCGAUGAGAAAAAUGGGUUUUUUUGGGGGGGUGAUUCGAUCCCCACGGGACCCACCGAUGCUGCAGGGAAGAAAUCGAGGCCAUCCGACCCAAAUCCCACCUCUUUCCCCCCCCCCCC